AUGGUUUGGUUGAGACUCUUUGCGUUAGUUCGGCAUUUCUAUUUCAAUUAUAACUAUGUCGAUACAAAUUUACCAUAUGUUCAUUCAUUAUUCGUUCGGCGUUUCCAACUCUCAAUCCGAAUGGUGAUUGCAUUUCUUAUCAGUGCUUUCCUUGUCUAUGCAACAGGAUUGCAUAAUCAACUCUCACAAGCAUUUAUAAUUCCUCUUAUUUGUACGUUAGUUAUCCAGGACACAUUUGGUGCAACAGUAGCUGCUUCUUUUCAAAUGUUAUUUACACUUACUCCUGUUUCAAUCUUUCUAUUUAUUAUUCAAAAAAUUGGUCUUGGUUAUCACGAUUACAUUGCAGCUGAAUUUACAUUGCUUGCCGCAGCUUUUUUUAUUGGCUUCGUUGGUUCACAGGCUCAAAGUCGUAAAAUACCUUUGGUAAUAUGUGCAAUAUUUUUUGCAACGAUUGUUAAUCAAAACAAUGUUCCAUCAACAUUUGCUUUUCAAUUACUUGAAUCAUUUGCUAUUGGAAUUUGUAUAUGUUUACUUGUUUCCUUGAUUAUUUUACCUUCUUUUGCGACAAUCGAUAUUGAAAAUCGUGUUAAAUAUAUUUUAUUAAAUCUUAAUGAUAUGCAUAUGUUAAUCGUUCAAUCGUUCUUACGUGAAGAUGAAAUAGAUGCACAAGCAUCACUUACUCGAGUAACAACAAUUGAACAAAUGAUUGAAGAAGCUAUGAGUCCAAUACAAAUGAAACUUAUUUUUGCUCGUUUUGAACCAGCAAGACUUCUUCAAUGGAUUUAUAAUCGCAAAAGACGAAAUAUAAUCGAUUUAACAUUACAAGAACAAGAAAAUUUGAUUACAUCAUUAUUUCUUCAUGUCCGUUCGAUGCAUUCGAUGGUUAAACAAUGUCAAUUUAAUGAAUAUCAUACUGAAUUUAUACGAGAUAUUCGAGAAAGUCUUUUACAUUUAUGUUCAUGUCAAACAAUAAUAAUAAAUUCUAUAACAAAACAUAGCUCAAUAACAAAAAAUCAAUUUAUGUAUUAUAUAUCAAAUCUGUCUCAAUCUCGACAAAGACUUAAUAUAAUCCAUGAAACUGGUCUUCUUAAUCGUAUGGAAUAUGCACUUAUAUCUAAUACAAAUAUUCGAUCAGAUAGUCAGCUUCAACAUGCUUUCUUUCUUUUUCAAAUUCAUAUGAUUGUACGACUUCUAAUCGACACACCGGUAACAAAAGAGAAAAAAACUAAGAUACAAAAACCUGAAAAGGCAAGUUUAAAAGAACGUUUAAUACCAAAAUGGUCACGAAUAGCUAUAGCAUUAAAAACGACAAUUAUCAUUGGAAUUGGUUCAAUUUUUGUUAUGGUACCAACUUUAGUAACAACAUUUGAAAAUGGUCAAUGGAUUUUUAUUGCUCUUUGUAUGACACAAGGAGAUACGGUUGGUGGAGCAUUUACAACAAUGCAAAUGAGACUUUUUGGAACUUUACUUGGAGCUAUGUGGGGAUAUAUUACAUUUUUAGCAGUUGGAGAAAAUAUUUAUAAUACGUGUGGCAUGUUAGUUCCAUGGAUUCUUUUCUUUGGUUAUAUAAGAUCAUUACCGAAUUGGACAUAUACAGCUGUUGUAGCUAUAUUUACUCCAAUACUUAUUAAUCUGGGUCGACUUGCUUAUACAACUCCAGUGCCUGAGGAAAAUUUUGUUCUUCUUAGAAUUGAAGAAAAUGUUAUUGGAAUUGCUCUUUCGGUUAUUCUAACUGUAAUUAUAUUUCCAGUAUUUGCGAUAGAUUUACUUAAAAACAAUAUUAAAAAUACACUCAAAUCUUUUUGUGAAAGUGUUAAUUGUAUACGGUCGAUUUAUAUGAAAUUAUCUUUUGAUGAAAAUUCAAAGGAUAUAGUUUUAGACAUUGAACAAGAAAGAGAAAUUGAAUCAUUUUUUGCAGCUCAAAGAAAUCAAUUUGAUCAACUUAUUACAGCUCAACGAAUGGGUAUUCAACAAAUUACAGUUGAACCUACUUUUAUUUCAAUUAAUAACUUUCCAUCUACACAUUAUACAACACUUAUUGAACAACAAAUAGAUAUCUGUCAAAUUUUACAUACUAUUGACGCAUCAUUAAUGUAUAUGAAUGAAUGUUUCUUUAUCAGAGGAGAUGAAAUACAUUCAAUUGGAAAGGAAUUUUUUCAUCAAUUUCGAAAAGAAUUAUCAAUCAAACACGAUAUCAUCGAUUGUUUAAUGAUGGAAUUUUUAAUAAUGAAGAAUUACUCAAAAUUGAAAUGUUAA